CCUCAGCACCAACACACACAAAGCCUACACACACACACACAGAGCGAGAGAUAUAGAGAAGGAAGGAAGCCAGGAGGUUCCUCCUCGGAUGGAUAUGGCUUCGGCUAUGGCGUCGUCCCGCUCGGUGCUCGCCCUUGCUCGCUCCACUCCCUCUCCUUCUGCUUCUGCCUCUUCUACUUCUGGUGUUGCUGUUGCUGCUGCUGCGCCAUCUUUGCGCGCUGUGCGCUUCUCUUCUGCCGCGGCUUUUGGAAGCGGGACCUCGUGGACAAUUAAAAGGCCAGUGUUGAGGGGAGCGACGAUGCACAGGGUGCGGGAUGUUGUCUCCUGCUCGCUGAAGAAGCUGGCAGAAGUGGAGCUCACGGAUCUCACCAACAAUCCCUCUCCGUCGUUCCCCGCGGCCCCGGGAAUUUACGCGGUUUAUGAUAAGGCGGGUGAUUUGCAGUACAUUGGGUUGUCGCGUCGGGUGUCGGCCAGCUUACAGUCGCACAUGAGGGAGCUUCCGGAGCUAUGUGCAUCCGCGAAGUUUGCAGUAGUUGAUGCGCCUGAGCGAGCAGCUCUUACGGAUGCAUGGAAGAGUUGGAUGGAGGAGCACAUUAACCAGGGAGGGAAUGUUCCGCCUGGAAAUGUGUCCGGCAACACAACUUGGACUGCCAGGAAAGCAAGGGCAGCCAAGCCUGAAAUUAAACUGACACCUGGGGCUCAUGUAAAGCUCAAUGUACCAAUUGAGACCUUGAUAGACAAAGUAGUGAAGGAUUUGAAAGUUGUGGCCUUCAUCAAGGGCACUCGCACCUCCCCACAGUGUGGAUUCUCGCACAGAGUGUUGACGAUUCUCAAUGAGCAAGGCGUAGACUACGAGGUCCUGAACGUUUUGGAUGAAGAUCACAAUCCUGGUCUGAGGGAAGUUAUUAAGAAAUACAGUCAAUGGCCAACAAUACCUCAGCUGUAUGUGAAGGGAGAGUUUGUGGGUGGAGCCGAUGUGUUGGACGAGAUGGUGCAGAGCGGGGAGAUUAAAGAUUUGUUUAAAAACUAAAAGUAGGCCAUCUGGCCAUAUUACGAAGCCUAGAGUAGAAAAUCCAAUGAGACGGAGAAAAAAAAGGUACUCCAUUUUGCUGUUUGAUUGCUCACAACACGAUGAACUGUAGGAAAGGAUUGUAACAGCACAUUUGAGUUUCCUAAGCAUCCAGCUCCGAAUAGGUAACAAGGCACUUUCUGCACUAAAACUUGUGAUAAUUUGUCUUAACAAGUUUCUCUUCCUCGCAUGAAAUUCCAUUAGUUGCUUUCAGUUA